CUCAAAGUGAGGGAAUCGAUUUGUGGUCUUUCUCAGUCAGAUACGUCAUGAUAUGUUAACGUAAUUUUGUUCACCUUCAUUACUUGAUAUAUGGUGUCAUUGAUUCAGAAAGGUUUUCGUCAUGGCUUGCUUUCACAAGAGUAAGAUCUUGGCCAUUUUGUAUUCUGUGGUGUGCCUAAACGAAGUGUUGUGCAGCAAUGAAGUAAAAGCUGUGUCCGAAGGUUCCGUCAAGUAUGAAGGAACUAUAAAUAUUAAGAUGCCAGGCACUCGUCCACUAAAGGUAACGUUCUUCUGAGUUACAAGAUGUGUAACUGAACUGAUUUUACUUUACGUUAAAUAGGUUGUAAUUUUGACUUGCAGCUUUUCGUUAAGCAUCAGUGGCACCAUCGCUACCGAGAGGAUAGCCUAGUACUUUCCUCAUUUCCUCUUCUUGAAACGGUAUUUUGCUAAGUAAAACGAUGAUUACUCUGUUUUGGGUUGCAUUGAAAACUUAAAAUUGCGUACUAAUAAUAAAAAAGUUUGGAAACGAAGGAUCACUUUACUUUAACCUUUACUCUGUCCAGUACGUAAUUUGGUAUGCAUGAAAGCUUGUAUGUCAACUGUAAAAUUAUAGAACCCGGGAUCAAGAAUGUCCGAUGUCGCUUUAAGCUUCUGAAAUGUUUUAUAAAACUCUAUUUCACACUGAAAAUGUUCCAUUGCUUUCUCAGUUUUUCAAUUUUCUUAAAUCUUUGGAGCCCAUUCUUCCGGUUUGUAGUUAUUGUAAUACGUUUAUUUAUUUGAGCUAAUACGAUUCAUUAUCGGCUACCUAGAUCUGAAUUUUAACGUCAACUUCUGUGAGUUCGAAAGUAUGAAUUAGUCAAAUAGAAAGUCUAAUGAAAUGGAGGAUUAGUCGCAACGUUUUCACUGGGGUAUGCAGUUAAUUUGCCAACACCAAACUCGCCACUGCUGAGAGUCAAAUUUCCACUGGUGAUUUCGUGAAAGUAAAUUUUUGCUGUUAAAUUACCUCAAUGCUGUGGUAACGAUCAAUGAGUUAACAUAUAAUGGUAAUAGGACCGAGUGGAGUCCAAUUCAGUCUGUAAUCAUAUGAGUGAUUAACAAAAUCGUAUGAUCACAAAGAGGGAGUCUGAUUUGUUAAUCUUGAGUAUGAUUAUUGACAAAAUAGGACAACAAAAAGUCCUGCUACCAAUUAAUAAAAAUUAAUGACAAAAUUUGAAAGAAACUAUUGACAUCAAUUGUAUAUAUUCAUAAAAUUAUCAACAGUUAACUCAGCUAAAUGUGAGACAACAGCGCACGCUCAUGAUGCAUUCUAUUCUCCACUUACAUAGGCAUGACUAGUUAACUGUCCCUUUAACUGUCCUAUUACACUGUCCAAUUACAAGCAUGAUGCAUACACUGUCCUAUUAGUGCUCAAAUCAGGCUGGUGACAACCACUCACCUUCAAGAAUUUUGUUAUAGUUUUGAUUAGGGCUGAAAUUGCUCGAAAUGCAUUUCAAAUUUGCUUCAAAAUACCUUCUUCAGGUUAAGUAAGUUGACUGUUUUACUACAACUUAGCUUUCAUUUUAUGUGAUAAAUGGUGGCAGUUUGACUCCCAGUCACUCCUAUACUGCUGGUCUUUGUUAGGCACUAAGUUUUAAGAUUACAUGCCGCUAUGUGUAGCACCUUGGUUUGAUGUUUUUUGUGGGUUAUAGCAUCUUUUGAGUUAUUGAGGCAAAGAGUAUAUUGAAAAUGAACUGCAAAAAUUUAGUUGGAGGCUCAUGUCAUUUCAAAUGUUUAUCAAAUGUUUAAGGUACUAAGGGUAAAACUUUUGUACAUUUGGUGAUGAAAUCUGUUACAGGGAUUGCAGUUCUCUCCUACAAAACUGUUAUAUGUUUCCUUAUAAAUAAGUUAAGAGACUUUCAAAUUGGUGUUGUAUCAAGAUGUUGCUCUCUAGUUGGCCAGGUUGUCCCUUGUCAUCUCCUGUUUUCUUUGCUAGAGCUAGAGGUGAUUCAUUGAUUACAUGUAGAGUUGAAGGAGGGUUCUUUGGUCAAUAUUUACAAGAGCUAUAAAAUAUAUGUGUCAGCAAUCUCAAAUCUGUAUUUUUUUAACAGCCUUUAUUUUUUUGUCUAGUUAAUAUACUGUUGUGGCACUCUUCUGUCUGAUGUGACCUCUUUAUGUGUUAUGUUAACCAAUAAAAUACAGUAAACUUCCCUCUUGGGCUACCAUUCUUGGUUUGGUGAAAAGUGGUAGCUGAAGCAAAAAGCUGAUCAGGUCCUCCCUCCAUUUAUUGCAUGUCUCAUAAGGUAAUUGAAAGAAAGUUCUACAAGGAAAUGUAUCUGCUAAAUUAGUCGAUUUACAUUAUACUACGGUAGAAUAUCCACUAGCUCAUUCUUGGUUUUUGGGAUCUGCAAUAUUGACAUUGAAAUGUGUUUUGUGAUAAAUCACAUGAAACCACCUUGAAAACUCUCAUUUACUCUGUUAUAUAAAGGGAAAACUUAGUAUUUAUUUCCUUUGUAAGACAGAUCUCUCUGACAUCUGAGUAACCCUUUUAACAUUUCUAAAUAUGGUAACCCUAUCUCUUACAGAAAGAUACAUAUCUUUGUACGGCUUUACAGCUGCCACCUUUGAAGCAGUAUAUAGGUAAGUAAUAUACCCAAGAUACAUUUUGUACAGAUUAAAAGAUUAUUUAUCUACAAACAUCACACCGGAUAAAACCUGCAGGGUUUAUUGGAACUACAGAAUUACCUUUAUUUUGCUAUGUUCUAAAGGUAUUAUUAUGGAAAAAGAUAUAUAUCUUUGUAUGUUCUAAAGGCACUAUUUUGUAAAAGAAAAAAUGUCCACAAAGGUUGAAAAAUUCAGAGUGUGGUUUGGGUGAGACAAAACAAUUUAUACACAUGUAUAAAUUGUGUUGUCUAUUUGGCAAGAGAAUAUGUACAGAUUUGUCCAAGAACAUCAUCUGUUCCAAGUUGCUGAUGUUUUUCUGAGAGCAAAGCUUAAGGAAUGCUGUGAGCUUUAGGGAACAGAAAAUGUCCAAGGACAAAUAUAUGGGUAUAUUUUAGUGGAAAACAGAAGCUUUUGCAUGUACUAUCCUUAAAAUAUUUUGCAACAUGCAAAAAAAAUGUUUAUGAACAGUUUUGGUGCUUGGGAUGAGUGUUCUCUGGUACAACUUUAUGAACAAAUAAAUAUUUCUCUUCUUCUGUGACUGCUGUAAAAUGCUCUCUUAUCUUGAGAUAAAUUUAAUAUCAUUUGGUUGUUAUCUUGAGAUAUUCCCCUGUUUUAGCUGGGGGAUAUUUGGUUAUGUGAUACAUUUAGACCAACGAGGCUUGAGCAAAAAUAUUUGAUUGAUCAUAAACAUGUAUGUAGGUGCCUCUCUUUUUACAUUAAAAAAUGUUAUGCACAAGGCAGAUAGAUUUCAACUUAUACAAAUGACACAAACAUCAUCAUUUCAGCUUCUGAAAGCAGCAUAUUAGUGUAAAGUUGAGACAAGUUAUUGUUAUAUCCUCUAGAAACAGUUUUCUUUUAAUUUGUUAUGUCAAUGCCUGUGCCAAAUAAGACAUUUUUUCAAGCUUUUUUGUGCAAUUGCUAAAAUGGCAGCUCACCUGUGAAGAUCAUGGCGUUAUUUGAUUUUCAAUGAGCAGAUGAAAUGAAAUUGAUUUCAUUACCAUUUGUCCUGCUCUUCUAGUUUCAUUUUUUUUACAUGAACAUGCCUAGAGUUGUAGUUCAACUUAAAUAAUUUUGCUUGCAAAUUUUGUUUUUGUUAUCAUUAUUAUUGAUAUUCCUUACUUCACAUGUCUACAUACACCUCUUACUAACUGAGUUUUAGCAUGCCGCACAGAGAAAUUAGGCCCACUAAAUUGACCAAUCAUAGUGUACAAGUAACUCAGAGAUAUAAUAAAGUCUAUGACAAGAUUCAAUCAAUUGAAUUCAAUCAAUUGAAUCACUUGUCAUUGGAUUAAUUGAAUGAACUGAUAAAACAAUAAUCAUGGUUUUUUGUCACUGUUUUUUAGUUCGAUUAGAACCAAAUGCAACUCAGCAGACAGCACAUCACAUGUUGCUGUAUGGUUGUAGGUCACCAGGAGCCCAACUCUCUAGCUGGUGAGUUUGAUUAAUGUCGGUGAUUGAUCAGGUGAUUAUGGAGGUGUAUGUAUGUACUUCAGUUGGUCCAGGAUUGCAUCAUAUUUGGCCAUAGUCUCCCUUGAUCAAAGACUGGUGGACUUACUCUCAGAAUGGCCUCCCAAAGGGGAACAAAAGAAAUACAGUCUUUAUGAUAAUAAAAUCAAGUUACAUCUAUCUUAAUGCACGUUUUAGUGUGUAGUAUUGCCAAGUAUUUUGAUGAGCCCAUAGGGCAAGUCAAAAUACAAACAACUAGUAAAAAUACUCAUUAAUACUACGCACCAAAACAUUUAAUGAGUUAUUUAUUAUCCAAGUGCUUUUUUUUUCGCAAAGUAUUCCUGCUCAUUUUUCAUAAGGCUGGAAAAGCAAAGCAGAUAGAGAAGCAUAGCAUGCGUAGCCAACUGGUUAAACAGGUUUUUUUACAUAGCAAAAUAACUAACUGUCCACACAACUAUUUGCACCAUAUUUGUACUCCACUUUGUGUAGUUGGAUAAUAAUGAAAGUUACUGGUAGUAAUUGUUUACAACAGUAAUCAAACAAUGUUUUCAAGGGAUCUCUUGCAGGUUAUUAAUGUAAAGUAUAUCAUUCUCAAACAUUGUGACAAAUAGUUAGACUGCAUACAUGUAUUCCAGUCAUUUAUAACUUAGUGUUAUUACAAGGUAACAGGUUAAAGUAGGCUGUUGCUCUAACCUAAUGUGCACUUACUUGUUGCAGCCUUUGAAUAUUUGAUGAACUCUUAGAUUCUGUAGGAGAAAAUAAUUUCCUAAACAAUUAGAAAAAUCCUUUGACAGUUUGGAAAGGAUCUACCUCGUAGAACUAUUUAUUUCUAAAACUACCUAUACUAUACCUAUAUACCUAUAUACUUUAUACCUAGUAUAAAACUAUUCAAAACAGCUGUGAAAAAGUAUUUUAUAAGCUCAUAUAGAAACCUGGACAACUUUGAAACAAUAUUAAGCAAUAGCACAUUAUCUAAUUUUAAUUUUUUAUAAAUUAAUUUUAUCUUUCUGAAUAUUUUUAAUAUAUCCUGCUAUUUCUGUCAUAGAAUUUUGUAAUUAUUUGUAUAUUUAUCUAUUUAUUAGUAUUAUUUUGUAAUGCUGUAUAAUCUAGUUAGAGGGCCACAGGUUUGUCAGCUUUUCAGCUGUUACGUGUCCCCCUCUAUAAAUAAAGUCCUUAUUAUUAUUAUUAUUAUUAUCACAUAUACAUUAGUAUACAUGUGUCAAAAAAUCAAUAUAGUGGGUAUACAUGUAGUUGAAUGCCAAAAAUACUAUUUAGCAUGCAAUCAGUGAUUAACACUCAUCUCAUCCCACACUAGUUGGAAAAUUCAAAUGUUUGAACAGUAUUUGUACAUUUCAUGCCAGGAGUUGUCAAAGGGGACCCUGUAAUGGUGAACAGAACAUUCUUUAUGCUUGGGCAAAGGAUGCACCCUCUAGAAACUUACCCAAAGGUUAGCAGUAAAUUGUACACAGAUGGUAGCAAAUGAAUUAACAGAAUGUGUUGGGAACCUUUGGGGAUUUUUAAGUGAAUCAAUUACAUCCAUGAAGCAUUAUUCACAUUUGCUUUAUUAUAGAAUCAGAUGAAAGAUGUAGCCCCUCUAAGUAGUGAGUAGUGGUGAAUGAGUUUGUACCAGAACUAAAUGAGCUUGUGGUUUUCAAACUUAAAACUGAACCUGCAACUCAAAAGUAUAGGAAAAGCAUUGUUUCUUGGAGAUACCAACCACUUUGAAAAUCAAGUUUAUUUUAAGCAAUCUACCAUUAUAGAGUUACACAAGAAGAGAGAGAUUCAAAACAGUAACCAAUGAAAUAUAUGACUAAAGCACUAUACUGAAAAAUAAUAUUGCUGAGAGAUAAAUGUAAUUAUUGUAUCCAAUAAUCAUUUUUGCUCAUAUUUAACUAUAGAUGUUGGAAUUGGUGUUGGAGGAGAUUCAGGAAUCAAAUAUCUUGUGUUACAAGUGCACUAUGCAUCUGCAACUCCUUUCAAAGGUAACCUAACCACAGCUUUAUACUCCAUUCCACACUUAAAUGAAGAAUACAGCCAUAUAGCAUUUAUUUUAAGUAAUUUUGGUGGGACUGUAUGUACAGUGUGUAAGAAAUGUUGAUGUGGGAAUAAUCUAUUAAACAUGAUAUGAACCCCAUUCUGUCAAUUUACUAAAUGUAAAAUGUACUUUUGGCAAUAAGUUUAUUAAUAGUGGAACACCAGAGUACUGACUGAAUGUAAAAUGACAUGUACAUGUAAUUGUGAAUGAAUGUGAUGCAUGUUCAUUUCACUGAGCCUUGUCUAUUAGGACAAGCUGCUUAAAGAGAUGUCAUGUAAACUCUCUUUUGCAUGUAUUUCUAUUCAUCAUUUGGAAAGAAUGAUAUAUACUGAUUUCCUCUAACUUUUGAAAGGCUAUGUGACUGAAAAUAAUAUGAUGACUAUAGAUAAUCUUACCCAGAUUCAAGUAUUGCACUUGAGAUCAUGAAACACAUUUAAUAUUGAUGAUCACUUAUGUUAGGUUUAAGGGAAAUUUAUUGGAGGCUCUUAGAAAAAUGUUUUACCACUUAGGGGGAGCCAAAGACUUCUCUGGAUUUACUCUUCACACCAGUCAACACCAGUUAGUACAAGUUCAGUUAUUAUGAAUAAUUAUAAAUGUUCUGCAUUCAAUUAAGAAUAUAGUUCUGUACGAUUUUAGAAGUAAAUCAUUCCAAAUCAGAUUAUUGCACUGUUUGCAUUGAUUGUGUUAAAGCACAUAGAACUCGUUCUUUCAAUGGAAAUGCAAAGAUAAAACAUCCAGCUAAAUUUAUGAUUCUGUAGUCACAUGUAUGAUUUUCUACUAUUUACUUAUUGUAUACUGUCUUAUUCGUUUGAAAUAAAGAUAUAAACAAGAUUAACAACUACAGAAUGAAAUAAAUAUCAGUGUUCAGGGUUUUACAGCAUCAAAAUUAAUAAACAAAACUUAUACAUUAUGUUUUGCUUUAUCAUUUUCUGUUGUAGACUUCCGUAUGAAGCAGGAAUAUAUCUUCUUUGGGCAGGCAGGGGCUCCAUUCCUCCAGAAACAUCAGGUUGGUUUAUGUGGUUCUUAACUUGUUGACACCUACAGGUACACCAGCAGCUACACUUGUGCCUGCCAUGCCAAAUGCUUGUAUUGUGUCAGAGCCAAUUUCUCCCCUUGUUCCUCCACCAAGUAGAAUUGUAUUAGACAAUCAUAUACUGGUAAUUUUGGUGACAGAUGAAGGCCUUAAACUGAUACAGGAGUACUGUUUGAACUACAAAGUGUCCUAGACAGGAUGUGGUAUACAAUCUUUCUUAUGUCCCACCUAUCUCAACCCCUCAAACUUGCACUUUGUUUGAAGUCAAAUGAAUCUAGAAGCUAUAUUUUUAAUUUUGUUUGUUUGAAACAUUGAUAUGGGAGUGUACAAAUAUUUGCAGCCUAGCACUAUUAUUUUUCACCCAUGAUGGAAGGAAAAUUUACAAUAUUUAUACUUUAUUUUUCAGGCAUGCAUGUUGAUGUGGGUUGUACAUACAAUGAACCUGAGCCAAUGUUUGCUUUUGCAUUUCGCACUCAUGCUCACAAACUUGGUAUGUGAAAGGUUAAGAGCUAUUGAAAAGACGUAACAUACUAGUAUUGCCUCCAGGAAUUGUUGAGUUUAAUGUAGAAUUUAGAUUUUAGGGAGAAGAAAAAAAUGCUAUCAAAAUCAUGUUUGCGACCAUUUGAUAGUGAAUUACGCCUACUAAUCUCUCAUCUCUUUGUCAUAAACUGUAGGUGUAACAGCUAGAUUCAUUUAACUCUUAGAAGAAAUACACUCACAAUUUAUGAGAGUUAGCCUAAAGUAGUUGCACGGUUAAUUACCUGAAACUUUUAAUGUAGGCCUAGAAAGAUGCAACCUUCAUAAAACUCUCAUUGUAUGUUUUCACUCAUGAAAGAUUCUUAUAUGCUUUUCAUCUGUUUUAGCAAAAGUGAUAACUGGUUACAGGAUUCACAAUGGUGUGUGGACUUUGCUAGGAAAGGGAAACCCUCAGGCUCCACAGGUGAAUAAUGUUGUUUGUUUGUUUGUUGGUUAUAUUCUGUCUUAUUUCUUUUGGUGAACACUUGCAUGGCCUGUGCACAUCUGUACACUUAAUUCCAUCAAAGGAAGUCAUACAUGCUAUGAGUUCUUUCCCAUUCUACACAACUGAUAAAUGAAAUUUGCAACCUUCUCAUCUGAUACAUUUUAACAAAAACUAAUUUUGUUCUUCUUUUUGCUUGUUUGGAACUAGUAUUUUAGCAGCAAGUGGACAUUGUUAGUAUAAAACUUGACAUGUUGAAAGCCCAUUUCUGAGUUGAGCCAUGGAGGGAUGCUAAUUAAUAGAGGGCCAUUAUUUCCAUGUGUUUUUGUCCUCAACAUAACAAGGUCCAUGUUUCCAGAAAACUCCAAAUUUAGUUGUUAUUAAGAUACCAUUGGGCCUGAUCUUUCCACCAAACGCAAUUCGUACUUGGCACGCAGUUACUUGUAGUUUUUCAGUGUUUUACAAUCAUUACAUUUUGGUAAUCUCCUAAUCAACUCUUCAAAUUUCACUGUGAUUAUGAUGGGUUUCCAAACGCAGUAAUGGCAAAUCAUGGCCAGCAAUGGUCAUUGGUGGAAGUUCGACUAUAGUUCCUCUUGACACUGUGCACAAAAAUACAUAUUCAGAGAAAAGGUCCAUCGAGGGUUGUUAAGAACGCGCUAUUGUUAAAUAAGGGGUAACCUUUGUUUGAAUAGCCGGCCGUAAUAUUUUGAAAUUUUGAUGACUGAUUGCCUUCUAGGCCUUCUAUCCAAUGGAAUCAACAAUUGAGAUUAAAGAGGGAGAUAUGUUGGUUAGUGAUGCUUUGUUAUAGUCUGUGAAAUGUUACGUUGUCCUUAGUGGAUAAUAAUUAGUUGUGUUCUACAUUAUGAUUUUUCAGACGGCUCGUUGCACAUAUGAUUCGAAAGGACAUGACAUACAAAGAGUCAUUCACAUGGGGUAAGCCAUGUGUUUGUAUGUAUAAUAGACAACAUCAACUUUGAGCUUAGGAACGUCACAGGGCUCAGAUACAGGAAAAGUUAGAAUAACUUGCGAGUUAAAAGUGCUUUUGAAGUUCUGGUGCUAACUACGGGUGUAGUGUACAGUAGUGUAUCAGAAGCCCCUGAUCUGAUAGGUAAUUAUCAGAUUUACGCACAAAUUGUUAUUAAACGGUCACAAGCUUCCCUCAGUGGGUCUACAAAAAUAUAUUAUGUUGAAUGUAGGGCCAUAAGUAAUGAGAGUAAAAGGCUGUUGAAAAGAAGAAUUAAACGUCUUUUCUGCUGUUAUGUUUCAGGCCAUCCGGCGAUGAUGAGAUGUGCAAUUUUUAUAUUAUGUACUACAGCAGUGCAGGUCGUUUGAAGUAUUCUGGUGGAGACUGUGGGCAGCAAAACCAUCCAAAUGUUUUUAAGAAUUUCCCUCCCGACUCUGAUACACCUUUAACAGGUUCAAAAGAUUUGAAGGAUCGAGAAAGUAGUGUCCCCAUGAUUAGCACUUCAGCAGGGCGCAACACAACAAAUCCAGAGCAGACACCCGAAAAAGAAACCGCUUUGGUGCCUGUCUCUCUCAAAGUAUCAACUGAUUCACCAACUCAUGGAAAAAGUCAAGGAUUUGAUAUUUCUGACUUAGGAUCUGCUAAGGAGGAAUUGCCAUCAGCCAAAGCAGAAGUACAAGUCGGAACUAAACCUCCUCAGGAACUUCCCGCUUUUGAAAAAAGUCAGUCUCUUAUUCCUGUCACAACAUCUACACCAGUUCUUCCUGUAACUCAAUCCACAGAUGAAAAGGAACUUCGGGUGGUGUUAGACUGGCCAAGCUUCACUGCAAUGGAAACGAGUAAACUGGGAGAAGUAACAGGAGUUUCACUAGAUUCCACGGGGCAGGUUGUUGUGUUUCAUCGCGGCAGUAGAACGUGGAAUGAAAAGUGAGUCAUCAAACAAAUUCCAGAUCAUUAACCCUUUAACUCCCACGAGUGACCAAGACAGAAUUUCUCCUCACAAUAUCAAGCAGACAAGUGAUGAGAAUAAAGAAAAAUAUCAAUAAGGGGAUUAUAGGUUGAUCCAAUACCAAUUUCUCCACGCUAACAUCACAAGAACUGUAUGGCAGACAGUAAGGAGAAUUAGUAAUGAGAUCUUGGGAGUUAAAGUGUUAAGAAUGAAAUAACCGAACAUUUCCAUAGAGUUAUAGAAAGUAGUUUUCAUUCAUGGAAUAUGAGAGAUUGUUGAUAAUUAGCACGAUCGUGAAAUAAGUAAGAUGUUAUUCGUUUUUGUUGCGAGUGUUUGACAGACGUUCGGAUUCGCGCUCUGAUGUUCUGUUAUUGAGCUACAGAGAACUCGAUAAUAGGCGAGGCCAUUAUCGCAUUUAAGUUCAUAUUAUCGUUUGCAAGACUAAGAUCAACAACGUCGAAAGUUGAGUAAGGAAAUAGCAUACGAAAGAUAGUGAACUUUAUCCUUGGUAUUGGUGAAAAAGAAAGAUGUCGUCCUUUUUGUCACGAGCAUAGGACAGUACUAAUGGAUGUAAUGGAAUUUUUUGUUCCUUCUUUGUGCCGAUCCUAGCACUACUGAGGACGCAUGCUAUUUAUAACGCUUUCAAUGGUUUAGCUCGCUAGCGAUUUGUUCAUUUAAGGUCUUAUUUCUUGACUCUCAUUUCACAGUACAUUUGACUCUUCUCAUGUAUUUCAAAAUGCUGACAUUGAGGGUACCAUCAAAGAACACACCGUGUGGAUCAUAGACUCCUUGACUGGAAAAAUAAGGGGAUUUUGGGGCAAAGACAUGUAAGUAAACAAACUGCUAAAACUUUUAACCCAUAAUGAGAACAGAGUUUAGUAUAGAACGUUGACCUGAAACCCCUGUGAUAGGUGCGAUUUGGAAAACCUGGCUGUUUUUAGAGAAGACUUUAAAUAAUUGCAUCUAACAAAGGUUUUGUUGUACAUAAUGUGAAGCCUUGCUUUGCAUGAUAAUGAUGAGGAAUAAGACUCUGAUAACUCUCUUGAACAUUCUACAUUGCAAAUUUUUAAGCAAUCACGUUUUGUUUUAACGGCAUUGAGAUAUACUGUUUGAAUCUCGUUUCGCGUUCAUUAUGCUACCGCAGGUUUUUCUUACCUCAUGGUUUGACAGUUGACCAUGAAGAUAAUCUGUGGCUGACCGAUGUAGGAAGUCAUCAGGUUUGUAAAGUUGUGUGUUACGUACCGCAGUGUCCUAACUCGACAACAGUAAUUGGUUUUAAGAAAGGCUAGCCAUAGAAAAUCGAGUUGAUAACAACACUUCUGUUGCUAUAGGUUUUCAAGUUUUCGCCUCUUGGAAGGAGUACUAAGCUCAUGUUGUCGUUGGGGGACAAAUUGGUACCAGGCUCUGAUAGAUCCAGAUUCUGCCAACCUACCUCUGUGGCUGUGGACAGAAAUGGAGAGUUCUUUGUUGCAGAUGGGUACGCUGGCAUAUCUUAAAUUGCCUUUAUUACACUUCACUAUUCUGUUAUAUUUCAUUCAUAGAAUACCUCGGUUAAAGCUUUUGGGUACAAUAACUUUAUAGAUGCAUGCCGGCUGAAAAAAGAAGGGGAAAAACCUUGUACUCGCGGCAAACCAUACCUACACACAAGGUCUAUGAGUUGAAGAAUCUUUAAAAAAUCAUGUCUGCUAAUGGGUUCCUUGAUAUAAUCCCGCUUUUAAGCUAGAGAUUGCGUUGCACGUUGUAUUACAAUAAACCUCUAUCUCAAUUUUUACGCAUAUUUUGUGAAAGUUUUAGUUCCUAAUAUUUUUAUUUCUUUUACUUGUUUUAUUAUAUGAGUGUUUGUUUCCUUUUUCAUUGUAAUAGGUACUGCAACUCUCGUAUUCUAAAGUUCUCUGCUGAUGGAAAGCUGUUGAGUUCAUGGGGGGAAAGGUCCCUUUCUGGUCCAGGUAAUAUCGGUCUUUUGUCUCACUCUUUUGUUUUUCCUUCGAUUUUUCUGAUCCAUUAGCUCUUUCCUAAUGGACUAUGCACUGUUUUUGUUUUUAUGUUGGCAAGGUCUUCCUGCCCUAGGUUCAUUAUUAAUCCCACACAGUCUCUCCUUGGAUCAGUCAAGUCACACGCUGUAUGUUGCCGAUAGGGAGAAUGGCCGUGUUCAAUCGAUUAGCUCUAUCUCUGGGACCUUUGUCGAUGAAAUAAUUCUGCCAGAGUUUGGGGGAAAGGUUUUUGCCGUGGAUUACAGCGUCAGUAAACGUACGUGUUUUUGUUUCUUUGUCCAAGAAAGUCAGUUUCUCCUGAUGGUUUCUUUUGCUAAGUUCACGAAGAUAAUCUUUUGUUUCAGAGGGUGGAGUCCUACACGUUGUCAGUGGACGAAGUCAGAUAAAAGGAGUCCAAAAUGUUCCGGUUCAGGGAUUCACAAUCAGAGUCGCUGACAAAGUCAUAUUACAGACAUGGCCUUCUGACGAAGAACAGGUAAUCGCUGUUCAUCUUGUUUGAGGCCAGAGAUUCCAGUCCCAUUUUUAUUAUCUCUCCUUCCUUCUGAGACAAUAAGUAUUUUCUUAUUUGGUGCAGGCCUUAGUCUAUCCUCAUGAUGUGGCAUCCUCUGUCGAUGGAAGUGAUGUCUAUGUGGUAGAGAUUAGUCCCAGUAGAAUUUUGAAACUAUCGUCAAAACGUCAAGUCGGUUGGUAUUUGUUUAAUAUUUAUGGUUUAUGCUCAGACGUUUACUUUGACGUAUUUGGAAAGUUCUAAACUAAAGGACGCGUUUUUGGAAAGUCUUGCUUUGUAUGCACGUCUGCACGCGUCCACAUGCAUUUAUUUUGCUGAAUGCCCUUAUUUGAUGUUUCUUUAAGAUUCUUUCAGUAACAAGACUUCAACUACUCCAUUGAAUAUUGAACCCGCUAAAACAGGUGAUCGUGUGGUCAGUCAAGGCAGUCACUCUAUUCCAGGGAAAAGUGUAGACGAAUUUAAUCCCCAGCAGGGAGAGAGUGAAAAUACGUCCCAGUCAACUCACCGAGCGUCUGCCGAUCCAGAUCAACUAAAGAAAUAUGGAAAGGACCCUUCACUUCCCUCUGUUUCAAGUACUGGUACCAUUGGGCAGUCCAGUCCAAACCCAACUGAAACAGUUACUGUGAAAAACAAUUCUGCUAGUGGACCGCAAGACGACACUUCGAGCAGUGACAGCAAUGUUGACAUAACUGCUGGUAUCAUUCCCGCUCUCAUCAUCCUGUCAGUCCUAGCAGUUCCUAUUGUAUUUCUGCUCCUUAUCAGUAUAACCCUACGCGUGCGUGCCUACCGCCGAGACAAGCGCAACCAAAUGAGCGAUUUCCAUGGAGGCCGGAAAGAUUUUUCAGUGGGUAGGACAAGGGGAUGGUGGUCUUACAUGAACUGCUUUGACAGGCAAAAGUACAAAUUCAACCGAGUUACUUUGCAGGACUUUUACAGUGAUUCUGAUAGUGAUGGGGUAUGAAUCUGAAGAAGAUAGCUCUGAACUGAGCGAACGAGGAGUUUUUGACUGCUAGUGAAAGACUUUGUUACCAAAAUGAUCAUGAUAAUUAGGCAUAACGGAAUAUUUUUAAAAAUUUACACGUUUAUGGGAGAGAAACAAGCACAAAAAUUAUCAGUGAGACCACUCUACCGCUAUUCUUGACUCUGAUCCGUGCAAUAGACUAAUACCCAGUCCACAAUGGUCCAGUAAAUUAUUAUCUGUAAGGAUGGUUAUAUGUGGCCUCUAAAUAGUACAACUUAUGUGUGCUUAUGAUCUAAAAAAUCUUCAUUGAAAUGACUUCCUAAGAAAUGAGCACAAUCCCCUUGUGUUUGGUAAUACAUAAUUUUUUAUGGGAGAGAAACAAGCACAAAAAUCAGGCUAGUUACUUAACCCGGAUUGAAUCACCACGAAGGGUAACCCUUCAGCAGCCAAAUAUUUUGUUUUGAGUAAGACCUCGGGCCGAGCCGGCCCUCUGUCGAAACCUGGGAUGAGCCGGUUUGUGGGGUUGAAGAAAUGUCCUAAUAUUUUGUUGUAGAUAUUGGCUCAAACGCCAUCUUAGUAGACACUUAAAACCAAACACCCAUUUCUGUUUCGUCUCUCUAUGUUGUUAUUUCUACAUCAUGACUUACCAUUAUUCGGUCACACCUGACCUUUUUGUGUCUCCCUUGAAGUCCAUGUCAUGAGGUUUUUCGUUGGUAUAAAGGUUGAGGCGGGUUAGUUUCCAUCAAACCAUGUUCUGGUGCAGAUUGGCAGCCCGCGCUUGUGUCAUAGGUUCACAUUCAGCCGACGCUUUGUUAUGAUUCAACCCAGGUUCGUGUAAAAAAAGGUCCUAAGCCAUGGUGUUUGCUAUUUGAUGCAUGCGAUGGAUUUCAUGAAAACUGCUUUAAAAGGGUCAGAAUAAUUCAAAAUUAAGAGAACAAACAAUCGAUAACUUGGAAACGCGAGCUUAGGAACAUUUAUGGUAUUGCUUACUUUUAUUGCCAGAUUUUCGAAGGUGUCCUUGUACCUUGUUAACUCGCCUUAACCUGGAAAGAAAGGUUUUAAAGUAUCAUACAUGUAGAAAUGUUUUUUUUUUUUUUAAUAAAAGAUUAUGCAAAUUUAUAUCUUAGCUAACUCUUCUCUAAGUGGUAAUUUAGAAAAGCUCCCUUUGCAUGUCUAUCCGCAUGAGACCAGGUACGCAUUCCUUUUAUUAAAUAUUUUGUGUACCAAGCAUACUCUCGUUGGUCGAUAGGUAUGUGUGCCACAGAACAGGUUAAAAAAGUUCUUCAAGGUUAGGGAAAAGUUAGGAAAUUUCACUUUGAGUCAGGGAAGUAUUAUCUCUGAAAGAAAUCGGGGAAAAGUGAAAUUUCAAGUAAUUACGAAGAAGUGUAUCUUGUCUUGAACCUUUCCACAGUGAAAUAUGGUGCCUCUUUCCUUCUACACCUGCUUCUUCAUUGUAUUGAGUUCUAUGUGAUAUCACACCAACUUUAUAAAAGAGUAUAUGGAAAUAACAUGAAUAAUCUUGAUAACUGAAAAAUUAUAAUGAGACAUCUUCAAAUAAUUAUCUAAAGUCUAUCUAAAAUAAUUUGUUAUUUUAGAUCAUACAGAUCUAGG